AUGUCCCACGCCCAAACCACCCCCACUUUUAAAUGGAAGGACGAUGUCAACGCCUUGACGAGAGAAUUCGCAGCGUUGCUGGAUGCUCAGGAUCCCCUUGCGCAUUUCCGCGAGAAAUUCAUCAUUCCAACCAAGCGGGACUUGACCAGGACGACAAUCGUUGCGCGCGAAGAAGAAAAUGCAAACUCUCCGCCCUGCACAUAUCUCUGCGGCAACUCUCUAGGCCUCCAGCCCAAAAACACCCGCACAUAUGUUGAUAGGUUCUUGCAAACUUGGGCGACCAAAGGUGUGCUAGGUCACUUCACGAAUUAUGAAGAUCAACUCGGGGCGCCAUACAUCGAUGUGGACACCAAGGCGGCAACUUUGAUGGCGCCUGUGGUGGGCGCUCUACCAGGAGAGGUGGCAGUCAUGGACACGCUGACCACGAACUUACAUCUUCUCAUGGCGAGCUUCUACCGUCCCACGACGGAGAAGUAUAAGAUUAUCUUGGAAGGGAAGGCUUUCCCAAGCGAUCAUUUUGCCGUGGAAUCACAAAUCCAACACCACAACCUCGAUCCCGCUAAUGCUAUGGUCCUCAUCGAGCCAGAUGACGUCGACAACUCGCUCAUAUCCACGGAGAAUAUUCUCUCCGUCAUCGACGAACAUGCCUCGAGUACUGCCCUAAUCCUCUUACCAGGCAUCCAGUAUUACACUGGCCAGUACUUCGACAUUGCUAGAAUCACAGCGCACGCGCAUUCCAAGGGCAUCAUCAUUGGUUGGGACUGCGCACAUGCCGUUGGAAAUGUCGAACUACAAUUGCAUGACUGGAACGUCGAUUUUGCCGUGUGGUGCACAUACAAAUACGUGAAUUCCGGCCCCGGCGCAAUGGGCGGAUUAUUUGUCCACGAACGACACGGGACCGUUGACGUGAAUGGCGCAAACGGACUAAGUUACCGACCGCGGCUGUCGGGGUGGUGGGGAGGGGAUAAAGAAACCAGGUUCCUGAUGGAUAAUAAAUUCGUCCCUCGUCCUGGUGCCGCAGGCUUCCAAAUCUCCAACCCCUCCAUUCUCGAUCUCUCCGCAGUAAUCGCCUCUUUGGAACUGUUCUCCGCUGCCACCAUGCCUGCCUUACGGCAGAAAUCUCUCCAACUAACCGCUUACAUGGAACACCUCUUGCUAAACUCCUCCCCACGGCAACAGCAACCAGACUCCCGACUCUUUUCGAUCAUUACACCAUCGAAUCCAUCGAAACGGGGUGCGCAGCUCAGUAUCCUACUCCGUGAGGAUUUACUGGAUGACGUUUUCAAGCGGCUGCAGGAUAAUGGGAUUGUGGUGGACGAGCGGAAACCAAAUGUGAUUCGGGUAGCGGCGGCACCCUUGUAUAAUACUUUCGCGGAAGUGUGGGAGUUCUGCCGGGUGUUUUUAGAGGCAUGCGAGGAGGUGGACAGAGAGAAUAAGAGCAAAAAGUAA